AUGGAGCUCCCCACUUUCUCUUUCCCCAGCGCGGCCUCGUCUCCCAUUCUGGGCAGCAAGCGCGAUGCGGAAGCAGCUUCCCUCGACGCAUCGUCUGACCGAUCUCUCAAGCGCAGCCGCUCUGCUCCUGCCGACUUGAGCCAGCAGAAGGAUCUCAUCCAUCGCGCCGACAGUAGCUCGCCGCUUUCUGGCAACCUUUCUGGUAUGACUCUCACCGAGGAGUUGCUCAAGCAGCUCGAUGCGAAGGACCGCGAACAUGCGCGAAUCAAGGAACAGGAACGUCUCGAUCGAGUGAUCCGCGAGCAGCAAGAAGAAAUGGCACAGCUCGAACGGGAAGUUCGUGAGGAGGAGGCCAAACGAGCCGCGUACAGAGUUCACUGUCAUGGCGAGAUCCAUAAGUUCACCAAGGAGAUCAAGGACUACACUGAGGACGGACGGAUCGACGCCGAGACCAUUGAGAUCUUUGUCGAAUCCCUUGUUGAGUUCGCGAAGGCGACCAACCGCGGCACCCCCGAGCAGCUGUCCAUGAUCAGAUCGGUCUUCCUCAGCCCUGACCCCCUUGCUGGUGUCGUGAAGACCUUCAUCGACGCGUCUACUAUGACCGAGGUCACUGGAGUCGCCUUCGCUAUGCCUGGUGGACACACGAUGUUCGUGCCUAAUGCUAGCUCUCAGACCGGACCCAUCAACGUCAUGCCCGUCACGCCUCCCAGCAGCUCAACUCGCGAUGCUACUUCUACCGGUGCUCGCUAUGCUGAUGCCAACACCAACACUGCUGCAGACCCAAAGGUGGACUACUUCAACGUACCCACGCAGACUCCUAUCACCAAGUGCUAUUCUUUCGGCACUCAGACUCCCGCCACUGAGUCCUAUUCUUUCGGCACUCAGACUCCCGCCACUGAGUCCUAUUCUUUCGGCACUAAGACUUCCGCUACCGAAUGCUGGUCUACAUGGAACCAAACUCCCGCCACGAAGUGCUAUUCUUUCGGCACUCAGACUUCCGCUACCAGGUGCUACGAUGUGAGCACUCAGACGGCCAAGCUCCCUACUCCUUCCGUCAGCAACUAUGAGCUCUGGAGACGCGAGCUGAGAACCAUCCGCCGACCCCGUUCCCUGAUCAAACCCCAGGCUCUGGGUGGUGUCAAGAAGGUCAGCACCCGGCUUAGACAGCCUCCAGCUCCCACCAAGGAGAAACCCGUCAGUGCAAUCAUGAAGCCUUCUUCGUUUACCAGCAGCGCAAGCACGAGCAACAGAUACCGUUCCAGCUUCAUGACACGCCCUAUUCGGGAGUCCCCCAAAUCUACUCCUCCCAAUGCUGCCGGCCUUCCGACGAUCAUCAGUAUCAGUGAUGACAGCGAUGAGGGCAACGAAGACAAUGAGGGCUACGAGGGCGACGAGGGCUACGAUGAUUAUGAAGAGGAUGAGAGCUUGUUCGUCCCUCAGUUCGACGGCGACUAUGGUGAUUCUUAUCGUGUCGGCGGCGGUUCUGGCAUGGCGACUCUAUCUACUACGCAGUGGUCUGGUUCGUCCGCAUUCACCCCAAUCAAGGACUCCCCCAUCAUCAUCCCUGAUGACUCCGACGAGGAGACCGAGCUUCUUGCUACUCAUGGCUCUCACUUGACUGCUCAGUCUACUGCUCAGUCUACUUCACAGGUCAUCAUGCCGUCGUCUUCCGCGGCCGCCGUUGACCCGUCUGGCCUCGAUCUUCCCGACUACUCCGACAUGGAAGAUGGGUUUAACUAUCAGACUACUUCUCACCGUGUCGGAGGAGCGACUAUGGCAUACGGCCCCGAUGGUGCUUACAUAGUCGAGAGCGUUGAAGAAGAAGAUGAUGAUGAAUACUUGUCCAUGACGCAGGAUAACUCCUACGACUACGGGGAGAUGGGACCUCCCGAGGGCACUCACGGCCAGGUGCUGGCACGUAUCGAGGACAGACCGCGGCAGCAGCAGCAGGCUUAUCCUCAGUACUCAAGAGAGCGGCCUUCUUUCUAUGGUUACGCGGCGUCUUCUGGUUCCGGCCACCAGACUGACCACGAGUUGCGCUACCAGUCGCGAUCUCAGCGCGUUGGUUGCCUUCCGUCCCCUCACGGUGGCUUGCGCCUCCAUCUCGACGAUUACCUGCACGACAUCGACGCUCGCACUCGACGGGAUAUCCGUAACAGCAUUGGACGGAUCCUUGAGGAAACUAGCUGGGGCGGUUUCAUCAUGGAUGAGGACGAGAGCUUCGAGCGGGAGUGGUUGCAAGACAGUCAUUCCAGCAUCAUCGAAGGCUUCCCCCUGGUCGAAGACAUCCAGUUCCUGGUCCUCGGCAACCACAAGAAGCCCGAUGGAGAUUGCUACUGGCGCGCUGUCUCGUACAAUAUCUACGGAACUGAUCGUCACUGGGAUCUCGUCAAGGCAGAACACCUCGCCUUCAUGUACCAGGUCCUGAGCCACGAGGGACACCCUCGGCACGCCCUGUACGCUGAAAAGUUGAACUCGAAGUUCUUCAGCACCGCGUCAGUUACCGGCCUAACCCCCUUCAAGGCCAACCUCUGGCAGCUGUUGCACAUGCCCCAUGCCUGGACACCCGGCAUCAUGGAGCAGAUAACCGCCGACCUCUACAACAUCUUCCUCGUCACAUUCAGCUACGACAGCAAUAAGAAGGAAUGUGGCGAGGUCUGCGUUCGAGGCGCGUACAACUCGCGUCAUAUAUUCAUGCUCUACGCGAAUGACGCGCACUUCCAGCCUAUGACUCCUAACGACUACUACGGCUACGAGUUCCGAUACCCACGCGUCACCGUGGAGGCCACAGCCAAAUUCACCCACGCGCCGCGAGCCGGCUCCAAGAAGGACGGCCUCGCGCACCCGUGGCGCAACGACUUCACCAAGGAAGUCCCCGCGCCCAUCCCCCGCAGCCACGGCUGCAAUGUCGACAAGCUUCGGGACGUCAUGGGCAGCCGGCCCCAGUCCUGA